GGUUUCUCAUGUCGGUAUACAUAUCCCACCCACGCCCACGUCCUCCAUCGAAAGGGCCCGGCAAUUGUAUUGCUACUAUUGCCCGUUUCCGUCCGUUCUCCGCUUUAUAAACUUCUCUUCCCAGAUCUGCAAUAUUGACGGCCGAGUUGGGCCCGCAGUUUGCUUUUACCCAUCGAAUCCAACGAGCAAGUCUCGAUAUUCUCCGAGCAGCAACUACACAAUGACAUACCGACCGCACAUCCCCGUCCUCCCCAUCCCCGCCCCCUUCUCACCCGCCACACCACCACCACCACCACCACCACCACCACCACAAUCAUUAUCGUCAUCACCAACAUCAACAUCAACCCCACCAACAACAUCACCAGCAACCCUAACAACCCUCCCCCGUUCCCCAACCACCCCCACCACUCCCAUCACCGCUACCCCAGUCACCUCACCAACUGCCAGAGAGGGGCCAGAGCGCACGGAGACGCGCACCCUCCUCACCUUCCCCACGCACGCCCUGCCCUCCCCGCGCGUCGUGCCCCAGCAUGUCCUGCGCGCGUUUGCCGUUCGCUACCCUUCUAACAACGGCGGCGGUGGUGGUGGUGGUGCCCCGCCGGUUCAAUCUCAGAUUAAUCGCUGGCUGUGCUGUCGGUGUGCGGGGGAGGGGUAUUGGGAUCCCGUGGGGAUGGUGCAUUGCUCGGGGUCGGGGUCUGGGUCUGCGAGGGGGAUAGGGACAAGCCCGGGUAUGGCUCGCAGUCAUGGGGGAGGUUUGGGGGGUGGGGACGCGGAUGAUGGGGCCGAGGACUAUGACGCCUGCUGGCGGGAGAGCUGUCGGCAUUGCAAGUGCGUGAAUUGCGCGCUGUAUGCGGGGCCCCUCGGCCGUGAUCCCAGGGCUAAGCUGCUCAUCAGGACAGUCGGGGGGUUGUAUGCGUCGCCGCGGUUCGUGGACCCGGUGUACUGGGAGUGUGCUGGAUGUGGGGAGUGGAUGCGCAACCGGUUCGACUCGCGCUGCGUGCUUGGUUUGACGGGGUGUCGGAAUGAGGGGUGCGUGUUCACGCGGUGGGCGGGAAGGACACAACUUGGGCUUGGGGCAGGUGAGGGGGGAGGGGGGGAUAGUGCGCCCGGCGCUGGUUUGCUGAUGGCCGCGAGCGUGGUGAUGAAUCGGUAUGGACAGAGACUGGGCACGGCGGAUCAGAGGGUGGCUGUGGCGGACGGGCCGUGGGACUGGCAGCGGAGAGCGUUGGGGGAUGCGCGCUGUGCGAUUGUUUCCGGGUUGAGAGCGGCGAUGAAGAGAACGGGGGAAGAGAUGCAGUUAAACAGUGAUGUUGAUGGUAGUCGUAUCGGAAGACUGUGGAUCGACGGAGAACCGGUACCGCACUAUCCGUACCGGAGGCCGCCGCCGCUGGACGAGAACGAUGUGAGGGAGAACAACGAGUACGAGGGCUUAUAUCUGGCCGGGAUGCCGGGGGAGCCUUCGGGUAAAGGGAGGGAUACUGAGCGCCAAACCACUGCUUCCCGUGGUCCACGAUUCUGUUCAGCCCCGACCAGUCCGGGUGUUGUAAGGUCGGUUGCAGCAAACUCGUCGUCUGCGGCCUUUUUCCCGGGAUGA